AUACCUUUAGUAACUUUUUUAGGAUUAACAGAGGAAUAAGAGUGAAUUACACAUGGAUGGAAAAAAUAGUUACUGUGAAAAGUCCGUCGUAACCUCGAUUAAGUUAUCGUAGGGUAAUCUGGUCCUGAGGUUCGUGAGUCUGUGCCUGUUAUGGGUAGGCCCUCAGUUAAAUAGUGAGCUAAGGGUAGUGAAACUAAAGAAAGCUAAGCUCUUAUAUAGUAAAAUGGCAUCCUUUCAAACCAUUCGAUAUUUCCUGCCAGAAACAUUACCACUAGGCCGCCACCUAUGUAGACCUAGGCUAAGUCUUCCAGUGCUUUCUCAUGUUCGUGACAUUACUAAGUCGGCAAAGCACCGAACUGAUGAUGAAAAAACUAUUUCCAACACUACUAUUAUCAUUCAGGAUGGUAUUAAUAUUGAAGAAUUGCCCAGUAUUGUUCAGAUUAUACAUGGAGAGUUCACCAUAUUUAGUAAUGGAAAAAGUCAGGCAGGGAAGAGAUUGGAAGGACUCGGUUUGGAAAUUCCUCAGGUCUCGAAGAAAUUGUUUCAUAAUAUAAACUUUGAGGAGGAACAGGAAAUCAUCUUGGGUUUUAUGAGGUGUAGAAGAGUAACAGAUAUAUUUAACUUGUUAGAAGUGUGCCCUGAAGAAGAUGUAACCCCGAAAGUUGCACUGGCCAUCAUCAAGCAGUUAUUUGAACUAGAAAAUAAUGUAGAGUUUAGGAACCGAGGCCUCAACCAGUAUCCAGAAGAAGCUUCAUUCACAUUUACUCGUGGUGCUGUCAUGAAGAGAUUGAUCGAAGUUAUAUGUUGUGCUGCAGAAUCUAAGUAUAUUGUCAAUGCUCUUCAAGUGAUGGGACGAGAUAAUUUCCAAGGAGAUAAACUGAAGUAUUUGGAAUCGUUAUGUACCCAUUGUAUUGUUUUAAUUACAGAGGGAAAGUUAUCCGUUACACAAGUUUGUGAUGCAGCAAAAGCUUUUUACAACUUGGGACCUAUUGGAUCAAGAUAUGUUGAGAAAGUUUGGGUUGGCAUAACUGAUAAAACUAAUGAUAUUCAUGAAAAGGAAAUUUAUGAAGUAAUGAGUAUUCUGCCUCUGGUAAAACAAAGUCGCAAGCAUCUGUAUAAUGCAGUGGAAAAAAGCAUGUCAAAUUGUUGGUACAAGUGUAAGUGUGAGGAUAUCAUUAAGAUUCUUCACAUAUUAGUCCAACUACGUAUGACAAACAGCAGAAUGUUACCCAUGAUCUCAAAGUGGACAGACUUAAAUAUACAUGCACUUAAAGAGGGUAAUCUUCGCUGGAUUGUUUAUUCUUUAAUGAGUUUGAGUUAUACUGAUAUUAGCAUUCAAAAGGCACUCUCAAGAUUCAUGAAGGCUAGAAAAGGGAAAAAUAAUGACCCAGAUUUAGUGUCUGUCAUCAUGGACUAUUGUGUUAAAAUGCGUAUAAGAUCACCAGAAGUAUUGGAUAGUGCAGGAGAAUUUUUUAUAAAAAAGGCCUCUACUCUGACAGUACCGCACAUAAACAGUAUUGGUCGAGCAUAUGGACUGCUCAAUUAUGAACCACCUAAUGCAUCAUCUUUUUUCCUCACAUUUGAGUCAUAUGUGGAUGAAAAAUUUGUUCAGUUCCCUCCCAAUGUCAUGGUUGACCUGCUUCUAUCCUGUGUUUAUUUAAAAAGAUACCCAUUGAACUUCGUUAAAAAAGUCUUUAAUCCGUAUUUUUUUGACAGGAUUCACACUUUAGAUGCUUCAGACAUGAGGCUUACUCGUACAAAACUCAAAGUUCUUGACCAGGCUCUUACUUUAGAAGCUCCAAAUUAUAGUGGACCCAUGCUACCAAAAGACACAUCUGCAAAUAGUUUCUGGCGAGAUGCAAGGGUUAUGAGAUGUGUCAAUAUGAUUCAGCCUGCUCUCAUUGAAAUUGUUGGAGCUGAAGAACGAAUAGUCCCUUCUGCUAUUUUGCCAAAUUUCCCAGGCACAGAGCUAUAUGUUAUUGACUGUGUGGUAGAUAUGGCAGGAAAAUUAACUUUACCAUCAUUUAAAUGGAGUAAUAAUAAGUAUGCUCUCAUUGUGAACCUUCCUGAGCAUUAUGUAAUUAAUGAAGACGUACUUGUUGGACCUCAAGCUAUGCGUUGCCGGCAUUUAGCAUUGGCAGGAUUUAAAGUAGUUAAUAUAAACUUUGAAAAAGUUUGUCAGUAUCGCAUGUAUCCAGACUCUUUAAAAUCUUACCUUGAAAAAGCCAUGAAAGAAGCCACAAUUUUAUAGAGUAUUCCUCAGAACACUGAUAAACAACGUACAACUGUUAUAUGUAGCAUCCUUAAGUUGACUAAUAGAUAAGUUGUUUUAUGCGUUUUUACGCUAGUCAUUCACUGUUUGGACCAUUGGAAAGUAUAUUCUAUUGUUCAUAAUAAAAUGGUGCUGUCAAGUGAAGUGGACUCCUGUGAUGUGAUUUACAUGUGCUUAGAGAUGUCAAGAAAGCUGGAGUAUUUUAUCAAACAAAA